AUGCCCCAUCCGCAAGGCACUUCCUCUCCCUAUCGUAGGGGAUAUUUCGUUCCUGGCGAGCAGAUGCAAGAGACAUACGCCGCACCUCGCCAUGAGCUUGGAGCCCCUCAGUAUCGCGUGCGAGUAGCUAACGCUCCACGCAAUCAAGUGCGAGAAACAUCCGCGUUACCUCUCCAUAAAUCCCGACCUCAACAUCGUGUACAUGUAGCUGAAGCUCCACGCGGUCAGGCGCGAGAGACAUCUACGAUGCUUCUCCAUGAGCCUCAACCACAGCGUCGCGUGCAUAUACCCGAAGCUCCGCGCAAUCAGGGGCGAGAGGCGUCCACGAUACCUCUCCUUGAACCUAGACCUAAGCGCCGCGUGCCAAUAGCUGAAGCUCCGCGCAAUCGGGAGCGACAGAUAUCUGCGAUACCUCGCCCUCCCCUUGGACCCCAACGUCCCUUGCAGGUAUCUGAAGCUCCGGACCGUGCCAUCACGGCUCCAGCCGCUCCUGUCGCUCCACCAGAGACGCAAGAGCAACCACCCACAGUUCAGGCACGCCAGCGAAGGCGAUUCCGCCGUGACCGACUUCCACGGCACCUCCGGCGGCUCAAUUCCGAUACAAGACCGAGAACUCAUCCUCAUGAAAAUCCAAUACACGCGCACUUUUUCCACAUAGACAAUCGUUUCGUACAAAACCAUGAGCCGAAUCCUACGAUUACGUUCGCAGGGAUCCUCAAGCCACAUGAACACACGACUAUGCAUGAAUGGGAAUACCGUCAGUCGGUCCUCGGCACGGUGAAGCGAGGAUGGAAGAAGUUCUUCCAUAAGCUAACGAAACCUUUCCGAAGUAGUCGUCCCGCUGAGCCUGGCGAGCCUGGCGAGCAAUAGUGUGAUCGUGUAAGAGAGCCGAUCUUCCUCUUGCUGUACCCAUGCUAACACGGCAACUACAAUCUUCGCAAACGCAUCGUCCUUGUAGCGAACGGCUCUGAACAUCUCGAGUGUUCGCUGUGAUCUGUUUUCUAGUAUGGUCCUCGCACUGUGUCGUAUACCUUCUUCUCCUUGGCUCUGAAGUUGG